UUUCACUAACUCACUCUCUUCCGGACCACCACGCACGACACGAGCACGAUGGCCAGCACUUCCAGACCCAGGCGACUCGCGGAGCCCCGAUCCGGAGGCAAAAUGGUCCGCCUCAGGCGAAGUGCUGCUAACAGGACUCCUUACGACCGCCCAGCCUUAUCCCCAAAUCCGACACCUCAAAACCCUAAUUGGCUCUCCAAAUUUAUUUACUCCCCUACUCGCUUAAUUGCCACCGGCGCCGGAAAACUCCUUUCCUCCGUCUUCACCGGCGAAUCCUCCGCUUCAUCUUCCUCUUCUUCAGAGGAUGACAGUGAUGAUAGUGAUAAUGAAAUAUCUUCUCAGACAACUGACUCAAUCAAAAAGAAACGAGCUCUAGAAGUUAUUCAGCACCCGAGUGAACCCCAAUAUCUAGUGGAGAAGAGUGAAACAAAGUAUCUAAUAGAGCGGCUUAUCAUGCAGGUGACAUUUUCCAGGGAAGAGUUCAAUAGACUGAAAAGUAUUAUUAAGUCAAGAGUUGUAGAUAGCCCCAUCUUUGGAGAUGCAGAGGAUAGAAGAUUAAGUGAUCUGUCCAAUAGAACAGCUGUCAAUGAUGUCGACAUGCCAGAUCUCUGCAAUGCAGCUGUUUCAGAGGCAAAAAAGUGGUUAGAGGAGAAGAAAUUGGGUUCAAAUUCAAAGUCUGAUUUGGAACUUGGAACCUGCACUUUGAACUCUGCUAUGUUGCCUCAUGGCUCUGAGGUAAAAUGGGAUUCUCCUGCCUCUGGUUCAUGGGAUAUCACAGAGGAGUUACGAAAAUUUGUCCCUGCACUUACUUCAGAGAAUAGAAGUGCCGUUAAGUCCACAGUGGCUGACAAGGUAGAAGCUACCACGAUAGACAAAGUACUCAAUUCUACAAAAUCAGUAGAUGCAUCUUUAAACUUGGUCACAGGAGUAACUACUUCAUAUGGCUUACCAGUUUCACAGGUGACUCAAGACUUGUUACAAAGUGAACCUUUGCCACCAAAUCAAGCUAGUUUUUUUUCUGAACAAAACAAGCUUCACACGAAGGACUUGGAAGAUGUCCAAACCAUUGAGGCAACUAGAGAAGGGAGACCAAGCUCUGAACAGAGGCUUCAACCACCGGAAGAGUUCAACAUUGUAUUACAAAGCUUCAAAGUACAUAAGUUAGUUUUAGUGGUUUUGAAAUUAAUCCUGCAUAUCUAUACUCUAGUGUUUGGCAAGGUUAAUUGUCAUUUCUCUUCUGUAAUUUUAUGUCUCUGCAUAUGUCUUAGUGAUGCUGGUACUGCCAAUGUUGAUGGCAUUAAGGAUACAAAUGGGACUACACAACUUUGUGACUCUAAAAUAAGUGGAAAUGCUCAAGAUGCAGGAUUACAUGACCAAAACUGUUCAGCAUCAAAAGAGAUUGCUGGAAAAGGUGGCUCAUUUACUCCUAAUGGUUUCCCUCCUUCAGGAUCUUGUUUGUCCACUGGACAGGAUAGAGAACAAAACGACCAGCCAUCUGAUGCGAAACAGAAUCCAGUUGGUUCAGGCCAUGACAAAGUUACUCCUGGUGUUCCCAGGGGGGAGACCUGUGCAUUUUUGAGUGAAGCUUCGGUUGAAGUACCAGUUACAUGUGAAAUCAAUAGCACUAACACUGGCUCUGAAAACAGUUCUAGCAUGCCGAGUGAAGAGUUUAUCACGGGACGUGACUAGGAGUUCAAAGCGCAAUGCAGCAGGCAAGACAAGUGAUCCACGGAGAAGCAACCGGCCAGGAAACUAACCAGAUACAAUAGAAAGGCGGGGUCGGCGUAAACAAGAUGAAUUGCGUUUUUGUACUUAUUGUAAAAUGUGCAGAGAAAAAGAUCACUGUCACAAUUAGGCAUUUGUAAGUUUGUAGUGAAGUUUGAAAUUUUAUGGGUUUAAUUCUGAGUUAGGGUUUCUUCUUUUUCUUUUCCUUUGAUUGUAUUUACUAGUCGACUCAGGAAUUUAUAGAUCUUAAAGUUCAAGGCUAGAAAGUGGUUU